AUGCUCCUCAAAAAAGCCAUCCUUAUUCCCCUCACCCUUUGCUUGGCCCCUUUCACCCAGGCGCUGAGCAAAGAUGCCGACCUCGCAAUCACCCACACUAAGGAGCUCACGGCAAGUUUCCAAGCCGUUGAUACAGCUUUCAACAACUGGGGCGGCAAUUUCAUUGCGCUUCUUAAGCCUGUGAACUCUCUCCGGAACUUGCACACCGCCUACACGACUGCCACCGCAGACGCCAACAAGGCCCCUCAGUACACGAAGGAGGAGAGUGGCUUGAUUGUGAAGAGUAUGGAAACCGUGGCCAGUUCUGGUGACAAGGCCAAUGAAUCCCUUCUCAAGAAGUUACAAUGGGUGCGUGUGGCCAAGCUCGGAUUCAUUGCCGAUGCUCUUUUGGAAGUUUUCAAGAAAGAGAUAAUGAGGUAUCUGGAUGCCAUGGCCCCAAAACUGGACUCAGACUACGCUGCGGAUAUUCAGAAGUUCAAGUCUGCAGCGGACUCCUCAUUCCAAAAGAUAUCUGAUGGUCUCUCGGGCUAA